CCCUGAGCUCAACUGUCAAGCUGUCCUUUAUCGUUGCCCGCGUCUCGUCGCUUCUGUAUCAACAUUGUCAUGUUUUUUAUCGUCCUUCUGAAAAAUGUCGACUAGGGGAUGUUUUUCGGCAGUUUUUUCAUUCACAAGAAAGUGAUUGCAUGUUGCAGGAUGCGGCGGUGUUGUCCCAGCUCUCUUGUGCACCUGUUGCGAUGCGUGCUAUUGCGCGCAUGUCCCAGGAGAAGAAAAUGCUGGCUGCCUCAGUGGUUUACCACAACGCGGGCCUACUCCAAACUGCUGCUUCAGUCCAUUUUCUAUAACUCCCUCACGGACUCAGAUGUGCUUUUUGAUACAUUGUUUGAACCAAUGUUUUGGACCGUGGACUACUUGACACGCUGGUUUGGUGCGGUGUUUGUUUUCAUGGUGGUGCUGCUGACCUGCUCCAUCCUGGUGAUAGCCUACUUGGUCCUCCUGCCUAUCAUUCUCAACACGUACUCCCCUCCAUGGAUUGCUUGGCACCUUUGUUACGGACACUGGAACAUCGUCAUGAUCGUUUUUAAUUACUACAAAGCCACCAAGACCGCCCCGGGAUACCCUCCUCUUGAAAAAAAUGACAUGCCUUUUGUGUCUGUCUGCAAGAAAUGUGUCAAUCCGAAACCAGCUAGAACACAUCACUGUGGUAUCUGCAACAGGUGCAUUCUAAAAAUGGACCAUCACUGUCCCUGGUUGAAUACCUGUGUAGGACAUUUUAACCACCGUUACUUCUUCUGCUUCUGCCUCUUCAUGAGCCUGGGCUGUGUGUACUGUAGCGUCAGUGGCAGAAACCUCUUCAUCGAUGCGUAUCAUACCCUGGAGCGCUUUAAACAUUUGGAAAUUGAAAAACCAGGGAUACCUGUAACAGGGAUGGGACCUCUCAUAGGGCUUCUUCCCACUGGUCAGGCGGACUAUGUGACACCUGCGCCUGUGUACACCUUUAAGGAAAAGAUUUUAAAUAAGAGUAUCAUCUACAUGUGGGUUCUCACCAGCACGGUGGCAGUGACCCUGGGAGCUCUAACCACUUGGCAUGCAUUUCUCAUAUCCAGAGGUGAAACCAGCAUUGAAAAGUACAUCAACCACAAGGAAAAGAGUCGAUUGGCCAAAAUGGGACAGGUGUACAAAAACCCAUUCAACUACGGCAAGUUGAAUAACUGGAAGGUCUUCUUUGGCGUGGAGAAGAGAAGUCACUGGGUAACACGUGUCCUGCUGCCCUCCGCUCACUCUCCACUUAGCGACGGAUUGACAUGGGACUUGGUCUUCCCUCUAAAAAAGGACCCAAUGCCGGUAUGAUGGGCGACCUACAGACAUUUUAAACUGUCAAGUUGCUCCUGGGCUGCAGGCUCUUUUUAAAGAUGGAUCCAGGUGGAACUCAAGGGAUUGGGUGAUAUCAACCCUCGAUACCUCAAAACCCCUCUGCUCAAACUUGCGGAGAUGGAUCUUUAAUCAGCCACUCAUGGAAUUGGAACAAAUAAUUUAAGGGCGUUAUCUCCUCUUAUUCGACCAAAGCUUAUACUUCAUAAGCCUGUACGACACUACAGUGAAGUGUUAUUUAUAUGUGUUUUGUAUCUGUUUAAGUUAAUAAACCUUGUUUAAAUAACUUCCCACCUUGACAA